UUCAAAAACAGCAGGUGGUAAAUUUUAUAUGUAUUUUACCAAAAUUUGAAAAAUUGGGAUUGGGGGAAGAAAUCUUAAACAGAAGUCUCCAAUCACUGUUGGAAGCCCUUGCUCUAGUCAUGUGACUGACCCCAAGUCAUCCUGUUCCUCACUUUUCUCCUGACCAUGGGUCCUUGGAGCUUGUCCGUGGGCUGUCAACGAGCAUAAAUCCCAGUGGUUUUAAUGUGCAAAAUGAAAAAAUAGCAUUCGGUAUUCUCCCGAAAAUGUGAAGAAAGAACCAUCUGCAAAUUAAUAAAUUGUGCUUUAGUUUCAUCUUCUAUUCUUAAGACUAAUCACCGGUUUAAAUUGGUUCUAGACUCUUAAUUAAAAUUGUCAGUUCCUGAAAGUUCAUUCUGAGCCUGACUCUCCCAUGAGAAACUGUAAAUGUGGGAAAUUCUAACACAGCUAGGAGAUUCCGGCACACUGGACCUUACCUUACCUAUAAACAACUGGGCUUGGUAUAUAUAUAUAUCAAAACAUCAUGACGUACCCCAUAAAUAUACACAGUUAUGAAUUUUUGAUUAAUAAAUUGUUAAAAUAAAACACUUGGGCUUGAAGAGACUAAGCAAAAUUCAGCUUUCCGGUUUUGCUACUUGCUGUUCACCAGAAUAAAUCCAGCCGUGUGUGGUGUGAUUUUGUUUUAUUUUUCUUUAACAUACUAUUUUCAUUUACUAUCGUAGUUUACUGUGUACGUUCUACUAGGAGAGAAUAUAACGUCCAUAGUGCGAAAAAAAAUUGACAUUCUAAAAUGUCAGCCUUUAAAGUCAUCAACCUCUCCCCUUACAAUGGUUGAGAAUAUUGUAACAAGUUUGAAUGGGCAGCUGUUUUUACCAGUAUUAUACCUUGUUUUAUAGAGUUCUUUAUAGUAUGCAGGGUAUAUCCCUAUAGAUUUUCUCACUUGGAUGAUCUAAGCAUCCGUGUUUCUACAAUUUCAGCACUUUGUGAAUUAUCUUUAGCCAAUGUUUCUUACCCAAUCAUCUUCUAUCAAUCAACCAAGCAGGCAUCAGUAAUUCCCCAUCACAAGGAAUGUAAGCUUAUUUUAAUAACAUUUGAGGCAAAACUUCAUUAGAAAAAACAAAUCCCUUGUCCGUUCCUGUGAUUUAUUCUAGAGCCAAACAUCUGCAGCUCAAUUUCUUUGAACGAUGGUCUUCCCUGUCCUAUGAACAGCUGAGAGGUGAGGCAGUGUCUUGGACAGGUGUAAAUAACACGCGGGAACACGGCACAUGAGCUUCAGGGACGGCUUUAGAAGAAAAGCACCCACUUAACUCUUGAAGCCUGGUUUGCUUCACUGAAUCCCAGUGGGCAAAGCUCUGUGCAAGGCUAAGAAAGUGAACAAGACAAGCUUCUAUCCUGUUUUCCUCUAGGUUCUGUCAUUAUUUACGUAUGUCAGGGCCAACAGAUGCGGCAACGACUGCUACGGGAAAGACAGCUUGUUAUACUCACGUCACGGGGCUCUACGCAAGGAGACACUGGGGUUGGUCUGGAGGUGGGGGGGGGGAAACUGGCAAGAGCCUUUGUUGUGGUUUGCCCAGGAAGGAACGGGCAAGGCAGGGCCAGCAGUUUUAAGAUUGGCUAGUUUGAGUAAUUUCAGCAGGCUCUGCAGCGUAGGAGCUGUGGCUAGUUGCAUGGUGCCUAGCCCGGGGCAAUGACAGUAGGGGAAUACCUGGCCCUACAUCAGGGAAGGGAAAUUCUGGCCCCCAAUAAAUGAGACAGUACGGAUCUGUUUUCAAGAUUGCCAUUUGACAGGAGCACUCCCAGGAGAGUUGUUUGCUGUCUCUAGAAAGUGGCUAACCCUGGGACGGGCCAUUUCUCCAGGGUCAGAAGAGCCCCAGAUGUCAACGUGUUGGAAUGGGGGAAAAAAAAAAGACAUGUUUAACACGCCCCCUCGAGGGCGGACACUUUAGCAUGGCCGCAGGAGGAAGCUAAACCUGGCACACAAACCCCCAGGCCUUGGACUCUCUGCCUGUAUGAGUAGGAGUUCAGAUUGUGUGAAUGACAAGACUUCUGCAAAGCCUCCCAUCUGCGAUUCCACGAGGAAUUCGGGAGGCAGAGGUACAAUCAGAUCAGCUGUGAACAGCUUACAUAGCAAAUCUAAUAGAGCUGAAGUUGUAAUAAAUGGCUCCUCAUCACCAGCUGUUGUUGACAGAAGUAAUGAAAGCAUCAAGCACAACAUCCAGCCAGCCUCGUCCAAAUGGAGACAUAACCAGACGCUCUCUCUGAGGAUCAGGAAGCAAAUUUUGAAGUUCUUGGAUGCUGAAAAGGACAUUUCUGUCCUAAAGGGAACCCUGAAGCCCGGAGACAUUAUUCAUUACAUCUUCGAUCGAGACAGCACCAUGAAUGUGUCCCAGAACCUCUACGAGCUCCUCCCCAGGACUUCGCCGCUGAAGAACAAGCACUUUGGGACUUGUGCCAUCGUAGGCAACUCGGGGGUCUUGCUGAACAGCGGCUGUGGGCGGGAGAUUGAUGCCCACAGCUUUGUCAUCAGGUGCAACCUGGCCCCAGUACAGGAGUACGCCCGGGAUGUGGGGCUCAAGACAGACCUGGUAACCAUGAACCCCUCCGUCAUCCAGCGCGCCUUUGAGGACUUGGUCAAUGCCACAUGGCGGGAGAAGCUGCUGCAGCGGCUGCACAGCCUCAAUGGCAGCAUCCUGUGGAUCCCUGCCUUCAUGGCCCGGGGCGGCAAGGAGCGCGUCGAGUGGGUCAACGAGCUCAUCCUGAAGCACCACGUCAACGUGCGCACUGCAUACCCCUCGCUGCGCCUGCUGCACGCUGUUCGCGGAUACUGGCUGACCAAUAAAGUCCACAUCAAAAGACCCACCACCGGCCUCCUGAUGUAUACCCUGGCCACACGCUUCUGCAACCAAAUCUACCUCUACGGCUUCUGGCCCUUUCCGCUGGAUCAGAACCAGAACCCAGUCAAGUACCACUAUUAUGACAGCCUCAAGUACGGCUACACCUCCCAGGCCAGCCCCCACACCAUGCCCUUGGAGUUUAAGGCCCUCAAGAGCCUACAUGAGCAGGGCGCUUUGAAACUGACUGUCGGCCAGUGCGAUGGGGCCACGUAAGGUGGGCGCCCCGUGGGACUCAGUGGCUCACAUUUCCUGCCAGCUACACCACAGGCAGAUGGGAGUCGGGGUGGCACAAACAAUAGAACAAGCAGGCUAGUGGUUUUCUUUGUUAAAGUGUAAAACAGUGACCAGAAUAUAUAUAUCUAUACCUGCAUAUAUAUAUUGACCUGAGUAUUUAUAACUGUGUGGUGUUCAUCUAGCAUUAGGCAGAUAGGCCACAGGAAGAAGGUGUGGAGAACCCACCUGAACCAGAUUGAGACUCAGUCCAUCUUUGGGGGUGGAAGGACUUGACAUGAAAAGAAGCCAAUCCCAUGACUUUGGAUGACUAACUGCCUCCUGGUUUCAAGGGAUCUUUGGGCUCAUGGAUGAAUGGAGAGCCACCUGUUGUCAGCUGCCCCAAGCCUCUGGGAUACGUGGAUUCGGGGAGAGCCAAGCUCCAGAGGGGACACUUGACCCAGUCUAAAGUGGGUGCUAUUCAUGGAGGAGAGGGAGGUUGGAUAGCUCUACCGGGCAAAGGAGCACAAGGAAACCAAGCAGCAGAGGCCCCAUCAGCACACAGGGCCUUGUUCCACGAACUUAGAGUUUGACUGCCCAAGGGACAAACCAUGAUCAACUCACACGUCUCAGAGAGACCUCCACGGCUACAGAGAGAAGGCUAGAGGAGACACAAUGGAUGGUUCAUAUUCUGGCUUAGCAAGAACCACCAAGAACUUCUGGUGACGCAAGCAGAUGACACUGAAGAGGUGGAAUGUUCUGAAUCAUAUUUUUGAAAAAAUCUAGACCUCCUGCAAGGUCUAGGGCCCAUCUGACCCUAGAAUAAGGCAGGGGAGUGUCUACAAUCUAGUUGCAUUGGGUGCUUUUUAAAGCAACAUGAGUCCAUCGAGGAGGAAGAGACCCUGGGAUUUCACCUUCUGAGUUAGUCUCGUCUCACCCUGUUAGAAUGUCACAUGAGGGACUGUACUGUCCCCUCUGCCAACAGGGAAGCCACCAUGAGAGCUUGAAAGGGUGCUGUCAAGAUAAAUGUCAUCCUUCUUAACAGACAUAGGAUUGCCCUUUGGGGUGCCUCACAGAGCCUCAGAGCGUGAGACCUGAAAGAAUGUGAAGCAUCUGGCUCCAAGUCCCUGCAGUCACUCUGUUUACCUUCUGCAUUCUGCACUCUGCGGGACCUCUGCAGCCAGGCUGCUGUGUCAGUGUCACUUUCUUGUCAUUUUCCUACCCUGACGGUCACACUAGCCCACACCAAGCUCCAGCAUUGAGGUUUUCAAUUCUGCAGGGAGAGGUUCCAACGUCCACCCCACCUCCAUGCAUCCCCCUCUCCCCAGAAGCAAUGAUUUUAGAAUUUUUCUAAAUCCUUUUUUCCCCCUAUUGAGAUUAAUAGUACGAGUUUAAAAAAGAAUGCCCAAAGCCAAAUGUGAUUCCAAAUAGUGGGCAUAACCUCCCAGAAAAAUCUGGGCUAGAUGCCUGCAACUUAUGGGCUGGAAUCACAGGUCACACAUAGAGAAACAUAGCCAGCUUGACUCGUUAGACGUAUUCCUUUGCCUGAUAAAUAACAGUGUUUUAAAAUAUAUUUGAAGGGUAAGUAAAAAACUAUCUUGAAGGUGAAGGGAGUUAAGAAAAGCAAUCAAGACCUGCUCCUAAGCAUAUGAGACCAGACAUAAUUAAUCAAUGGCAGUGCAGAACAGGACCCUGACUCUAAGUUAAUGGUUGACCAGAAGGGAGUGGAGGCAGCAGAACCAUUAACCCCACACUCGAACACUCCAGCCCAAAGCCGUGAGGAUGAUGAUACAUCUCUGCAUUUUCCUUUGUUGUUGCUUGAAAUCUGUGAUUGGGGAUUUAUGUUAUAAAAUGAAUAUUUUACAAAGGAACAGCACUAAUGGCUUCUGUGGGAGCUGAGUGGUUUCAGACUCUUCACGGGCGGUGGAAAUAAUUAGUAUCAUAUUUCAUACGUCUCCAGAGCCUUUCAUCUUGAGGAUCUCAAAGACCCUAGAAGACAUUUAAUUUCUAAAGCUUGAAGUGACCUGGGGAGUGGGUAGAGUUUCCAGCAGGGCCUUGAGGGAUUAACCAAGGCCUUGGAUUCCAGAUGUUUCAUGGCAAGCACUGCCGGGAACUUGUGUCAGGUUCUGGAGUUGGCCCUGAGCUCUGUCCACCCAGCCAACACGCCACCAUCCCUUUGCAGGAGUCCAGAACGUGGUUUCCUUUCUGCCUAUCAUAGUCCUGGCUUCUUAAAUUGAAGCUGAUGUGAGCUGGAGUGCAAGGAGACCUUCCACCCUGCCUUCAGGUUCUCUCUGGAGAAAGGUUGGAGACCCCAGGAUAAUCAACAGGUGCGCUCUUCCCCCACUAGGCAUGAGUCCUGCACUGCCAAAAUGCCCUGGCCAUGUGAUGGCGGAGCUCCAGGAGCCUUGGCUUUCGUUGGCUCACUGUCCUCCUCCAUCUGGGCAUGCACAGUCAGGGGCCAGUUGUCCUUUCCUGCCCAUUCAGAGUUCAAUUUGAGCCUCCCCUGCAGUUCCUGGUGUAGGCCAGCUGACCUUGGGUGGCCCCAGGGAGUCGCACAGCCUGUACCCGGCCCCCAGAUCCACUGCUGUAACUGCAGGGUCACAGGCACCCUGGGAGAAUGGGCCUCCAGCCUCAGCUGGCUCUCACUGCUGACAGGCACCCCUCUGUCACCUCCUGCCACCUGUCGGAUGCCCAGUCUGCCUGCCAUCACCCACCCAAGCACUUCCAACCCACAUUCUCCCCAAGUCUCAACACACCCCCCGUCAUUGUCCUACUUCAUGGAAGAGACAGAGCCUUCUGAAAUGAGAUCUGCCCUUAAAGUCUCUUGUCUUCUUCCUCCGCUUUCUGAGGAAACAUCGCCCCCACCAGUUGUUUCCUGUACGCCCUCACUCUCUCUCCUCCACCUCUGUUGCCUCUGCCCAUCAGCACAUGCUGACUCCACCAUGUUGGCUUCUGCAGACUUUACCCUCACUUUCUUCUCCACCAGCCCCAGGAAGGGCCUCCAGCACCUACGACUGCCCUCCCUCUUGAGGCCCCUCGGCUUCCCCCAGCUCCUGGCAGCAGCGUCCCAGCGCCUCCAGGACACACAUCUUACCCCCCAGCUCUCCACGCCACUUGGCUCUGCGUCGACUCCUCCUGGACUCCCCCGGCCCCACGGUACCCAGAAUGUCAUGUUCUUGUGUUUCUUCUCCUUUCCCAAUCCCUCUCGGCCAUGUGUGUAUUUAAGUAUGUAUGUAUUUAUUUAUUUAUUUAUUUAUGAUUUAUUUAUUGACACCCCUACUUUGAUCGACAAAGAAAUCAAGGUAGAUCUGACCAGUAUUCCCCUCUCUUCUCCUUGCCCCAAUGCGUGGACAUGCCUUACACUGGUGUCCUCUCCUGGGUCCCCCUGAACUCUUCCUCAGCAGCCUCAACCUGCCUUAAGACCAGGCCACACCUUUAUAAGCUGCCCCCACCCCAACCCAUCUCUGCAGCCCAACCCUCUCCUGAGCUCCAGGCUGGGAUUACACCUGCUGGGGGGACACUCACCCCAUCUGCUCUCAUAGCAGCACCAUCAACUCAACAUGUCAGAAAGCCAAGUGGAUCAUCUGUGUCCCUUCGCACAAUCCCUCCUUUUUCUACUGAAAGACCCAUGAUUCCAACAGCCACCCAGUCUGAGACGCUGACGUCAUCCUCGACUCUUCUCCCACGUCCUGCCUUGCUAAGUCUUCCCGCUAGCACUAACCUCACCUCUUUACUUGUCAUUUGACUAUUUCAGCAACAGUCUCACCUCCCAGAUUACCUCUGUGCACGCUGACACAUUGUCCAGUCCAUCCUGAACAUGCACGGUGAUUUUUAUCUCCCGUUGCACACAAACAUUUAAAAGUUCCCCAGCCCAUGACAAACGUACAGUUCUCUAUUUUGACAUUACAGACUACCAGGUAAGGCCCCGUUCUUCCUUUACACCCUCCCCUGGCCAGCAUAGCAGAGCUGUUUUUCCUGGAAAGGGUGCCUGCAUUUUCCUGUCUCUGUGCCUUUGGUCUUGCUGUUCCCAUCCCCUGGAAUGCUCCCUUUUCUUCCCUUCAAAGCUCAUGCAGAAACCACGUCUUUCAUGAAGCCCUCCUGAGCUACCAACCACUGGGAUCUCUCCCUCUGCUGAACCACCAUAGCACUUUAUUUGUACCUUUCUCAUGGCACUUACCAUAUUCUGCCUUGUAUUAUAGUUAUUUGUGCACUUGUCCUAUGACUGUUCUUAGACUGUAAGCUCGCCAAGGGCAGGGACUGUGUUUUAUUCCCCUGUAACCAUCACAGCACUAGGCGUGGUGCAUAGCACACAGCAGUUCCUCAAUAAAUGUUUGUUGGAUUAAAUCCUUAA